AUGCCUGGAACUACAGCUCCUGGCAGCCGAUGGGCUAACUCCAAGCUGCCUCGACAACCUCUAACUGCCUCUUUGAAUGUUACUUCGCAUGAGGGCAGUGGCGCGGGUGCUCCCGCUCAAGGCGCUUCUCUUAACAUGAACAUUGGUUCUUCCGAGGCUGGUAGCCAUUCUAUGGCUUACACCGCUGUAAAUGCAGUGAACAAUGCCGAGACGGCAGGUGUAGUUACUAUUCCUAGUGGCAGCUACUACACUACUCCCAGGUCAUUUGGUUCUACGUUGAUGGGAUCCAUGACUGGCGCAGCUGCCCCUAACAACAGCAACGAGAAGGUCUCUCCGGUGGAAAUGUUCAUGAACAUGCACCAGGCUCAACAGAAUCUACAGAACUUUCCUAAUGGAAUUCCCCUCAGCCCAGCCCAGCAGGCAGCUGUAGACAAUGCUAUGCAGCCAUCAAUCAUAGACCAGUCGAUGCUGCUUUGCCUUCAGCAGCAUUGGACCCCUGCAGAUUGGAAUUUCCAGAAACGUGAAAUGACAGGCAUGCCGAUGCAGGAAGACUAUGACAGAGUUGCCGGUGACCGUCGACAGUCUUGCACCAUUCAUAGCGAGAACGAGGAGGUUUUCAGACAGGUCCUCCACAACGUCGCGAAUGGUCUGCCCACGACCUCCCCAAACCAGAAGGGGGGCCACAAGCGAAAGAAUACGACGGUUUCGGCACCGCCUAAGAUGACACUGGAUACAUCACCCACGCUACUUAGAGGCAGAACUGGCAUAACCUCUUCUCAGAGUCAGAUAAUAGGUAAGGCUGCUCUGGCCUCAGUAGUUGACGCCAUGGGACUCUCUCGCGGUCGCCAAACGCCUAUAGUCCAGGGCAAUCUCACCCAGUUCACUACGCCUACCAGCAUCCAGAGAGUUGGUUUACUUGAUCGCAAUCCUUCAGAUGGUCAAAGCCAUAACAGUACCACUCCUACAAGAACUCGGCGAAUUAGCCCCUUAGCUCCUCCGGGAAGUCACAGCGCUGCCCGAUCGGCGCAGUCCAUUGUCCGUCUUAGUGCCACUGCAUCGGGUUCUUCUAGUGGUUCCUCAAGCGGAAAUGGCCUCCUAGAUUCCUUGAGAAAAACUCAGUCAGCUUCUCCCACACCCCUAACGACAGAGCUGAUCCAGCAGCGACAGACUCUUGUUAAGAGUCCUUCUAGCCAGCGAUCGAGUCUACGAUCGACAUCCCCGAUCUACGGGCCAUUGGAAUUCCUUCCUAUUCCCGAGGAAAUCCAAAAGCUUCGCUCGGACUGGUUGAAUCAAUUGACGGGACCUAAUGGGCAACCUACUGUCGAAGAUAUGCUUCAUUCCAGCAACAUGCCGUUUGUUGAAACAUGCCAUCUUGCCGAGCGCAGCAACAACGGGAUUGUGUGCAUUAGCAACAUCCCCUAUGAGAUUACCCGUGCCGAGAUCAUCGCCUUCUUGGGUCGUAGCGCUCGCAUCCUGAACGACAAGGAGGAGCCUGUCCAUAUCAUCAUGGACCGCGUUACCAGCAAGACAAAUGACUGUUACGUCGAGUUCGUGUCGUUUCAAGAUGCUGUGAACGCCGUGGACAAACACCGAGCCGCCAUCAAGCAGGAACGUCACCCUAAACUUGGUGACCGCAAUGUGGAGAUGACAGUUGCUUCUCAGGCGAAGCUCAUGAAGGAGCUCUUCCCUACUGCACAUGGCAUUGACUGGCACGAAUCCCCUUAUGCAUUCACAUCUGGUUCUGAGUACGACUUUGAAAACUUCAAAGGAUUCGUUUGUGCGGAAGAGAUGGGUAUGCUCUAUAAGCAUGCUGAGGCCAACUCCCACGCCUCAUAUGCUAAAGGUUGUCCCGAACGACCAUUCGAGUGCAUGAUCAGCACUCUAAAGAAGAUGCCGUGGUAUCUAACUGAGCGUAUCACCAUCAAGGAGCGCCAUUAUAUCUAUGACGCGACAUUCAAGAUGGUUCAGUACUUGAAGGAGCUUCUUGAGAGAGGCACAUUGCGCCGCGGCCAAAGGCCAGACUUCAAUCGCCUCACCAAACAGCUUCUUAACCGACUUGUUAAGGCUGCUAUGCUAUGCCCCGGCUUCACUGUGAGCCAGAAGGACAACAUUGCAUACACGGUCAAUCUGUCCGAGCUUGACUUGCGCGAUUACAACCAGCCUCGUUUUGCUGAGCGCUGGUGCCACCAGUACGCCCUUGGCGUUAAACCCGGCGUCCCUCUGGAUGUCGUCGAGUACUACAUCGCUUUAAUCAGCACUGAGACUUCUCGAGUUGUAGAUAACCUUAGCGUCAGCCGAAAGCGCGCCCUGAAGCUCGAGCAAAGCAAGACCUCUGAUUAUUGGGGCUUCUUCUGGUGCGAGAUGGGUUUGCCGUCAGGACCAGCGUUUGACAACAUGACGCUAGCUGAUGUUGCUGCUUUGGAGUGGGACGCGAUCGAGAAGAUUAUCCGCCGGGCUAUCACUGGAGGACAACUGCCCUCCUACUAG